ACUCGAUAGCAUGGCUGAAACGCUUAUCCCGCAUGCGCACUUUCUCUCUUUUCUCUCUUUCUUUCUUUCUCUCUCUCUCUCUCUCUCUCUUUCGUUGUCCUCUUCACUCGGAAUAAAUUUUUCCCUUUUUUUUUUACUUUAAUUUCCUCGUUCCCUUCUUCAUUUAUGAAAAAUAAACAAAAAUCCUUCUUUCUUCGAUCGAACGAACCAAAGAAACGGAAGAUUUCAAUUUCCAGUAUCGCGAAUCGUGGUACGAAACGGACGAAUACGUUUUGCCGCCAUUUUGAUACGUUUGGUGUCUGUCGUCCGGACGAUUUUUGCGUCGCAGUAGCGUACCUGAAGGAACUCAAACUACUCAAAGGUUCACAAUUGUACGAAGUGACCUGGGGACUCGUCCGCUUCGGAUGAGUUCCGCAAACAAACGUCGCGCGGCGACGUAUUUCCCAUUUCAUUCCGGACAAAUUCCGUUAGGCGGGAUUUUGAAUUUGCAACGUAACACGAUGGUGGACGUCGGAGACGCUGAAGUGCAACGGUGAUCUCGAUCUCUCGCCGUCUCGCAAGUCGCGCUCUCCCGGUUCGAUCGUAGUGAUCGCACGUAGCGAGAAACGUGAGGAAAACUUAAGCGCGGCGCUCCGCGCUCCGCGGAGUUGAGGUUUGCGUCGACAACAAAUUUCAUUUUGCCAACGAAUUUCGCGCGGGAAAAGUAGGAACACGACGCGAGUAUGGGCGCGCGUUUCGAUAUCAUAUUGUGGCUGUGAAAAGAAUAAGAUAAUUUAUUUGACAACGUGUUUCGCGAGCUGCCGAAUGAACCUACGUUGACGAUCCGAAGAAUAGAUCGACCGGGCCGACCGGCGAUGUUGUUGGUGAGCUAACCUCAAAAGGCGCCAGAGUUACUGUGUUGUUAGUGACCUGCGCGUGAAAAAGCCGUCCGGAUGGCCAGCGACUCCUCGGCGAGAGAGAACGCGCCUAGUGAGGUCGACAAGGAUGUCGACGCGCGGGAUACGGGAUAUGAUACUGACGAGGAGGGCGGUCUGAGGGUGGACGAUGAGAUAUACAUCCCGCCGCCCCUGAAGAACUUUAAUGAGGUUGACGAGACUGGAUCGAGGCUCAUGAUCACCAAGAUCGUCAACCAAAAUUUUAAGAGCUACGCCGGCACGCACGUAAUCGGCCCCUUUCAAAAGAGCUUCUCAGCGAUAGUGGGACCCAACGGCAGCGGCAAAAGCAAUGUGAUAGACUCUAUGUUGUUUGUGUUUGGCUAUCGUGCCAGCAAGAUAAGAUCGAAGAAGAUCUCUGUCUUGAUACAUAACUCCAGCGAGCAUCCAAAUGUGAACAGUUGCACCGUUUCUGUAUAUUUCCAUAGAAUUAUUGAUAAGCCUGGUGAAAACUAUGAAGUUGUUCCGGACAGUGAGUUUGUCAUAUCUAGGACAGCAUUCAAAGACAGUUCAUCCUAUUAUGAACUUAAUAAGAGGAAAGUACAAUUUAAAGAGAUUGCCAAGCUUUUAAGAUUUCAUGGAGUUGAUCUGGAUCACAAUCGUUUCUUGAUAUUACAAGGUGAAGUAGAACAAAUUGCACUGAUGAAACCCAAAGGCCAAAGUGAAAAUGAUACUGGAAUGUUAGAAUUUCUGGAAGAUAUUAUAGGCACAUCUCGCUACAAGGAACCCUUAGAGAAAUUAACGAAUAAAGUUGAAGAAUUAACAGAACGUAAGGUAGAGAAGUUACAUCGUCUCAGGGUUGUACAAAAGGAAAAGGAGGCCCUGGAGGAGCCUAUGCAAGAAGCAGUGCAGUACUUAAAGACGGAGAAUGCAAUAAUUAGGUUGCAACAUCAACUUUAUCACUGCAGAAGACAUGAGGCAGCAAAGGAGCUUAAAGUGUGUGAAGAGACAAAUAAUAAUCUUAGCAAGGAACAAGCUGCAUUGGCGGACGAAAUGAGUAAUAUUCGCAAACAGAAAGAAGAAAAAAUCAAUGUUAUCAAAGAGAAGAGCAAGAAGUGGGACAAUUUGCAGCGGAAAAAGGAUGAAGUCACGACGAGGUUUGACGAAGUGCGCAAACAGGAUGAGUUGCUGCACGCUGAACUAGUUGAGACAAAUAAGCGACGGAAAGCCAAUAUGGCAUCUACUAAGACGGAGAAAAGCAAGUUAGACGAACUACUGAAGGUGCCAGACAAAAAUACAAAAGAUAUCGAAGAAUGCGAGCGUCUGAUCGAGACAUAUGCGACCAACAAAGAAAAGGAAGAAGCUUCAUUAGCAACUUUGAUGGCGAAUCUGCGGAAGAAAACAGAGCCAUUGUUGAAUGAGCGAUCCGAGUUGGAGAAAGAGCUAAUAUCUCUUAGAAAAAAUGUGGAUCAGGCAAAAGCGGCGUACGAUAUAGCGCAGUCCGAGCUAGAACUUUACGUAUCGGUUGAGAAAGUCGAGAAGGAGAAAUUUGAAAAUCUCCGAGAGUCUCUGGAAAGAACUGCAAGUACUCUCAAAGAGCGGCAAAAGCAGUUGGCAUUGUUCGAGACGAAAAUUCCGGCAACAGAGCGUAGUUUGUACCAAGCCCAGAGCGAAUUGAAUGAAACAAAGGCACUUGAGAGGGAGAAAACUGCUCAGUUGCAAAAAAUGCGAAUUACUUUUGAGGAGCAGCGUUCUGCAAUGCAACAGUCAAAAUCGCGCAACCGCGUUCUAGACUCGUUGAUGAGACAGAAACGUGAAGGGCGGAUACCUGGGAUAUUUGGUAGACUGGGCGACUUGGGUGCUAUUGAUGCCAAAUAUGAUGUUGCUAUAUCGACGGCAUGCGGUCCACUAGAUGAUAUCGUUGUGGACACAAUAGCCACCGCACAGGCAUGCAUCACUUACCUGCGACAACAUGACAUAGGACGCGCUACGUUUAUAGCUCUGGAAAAACAGCAACGAUUCCGGUCAAAGAUUGGUAGCAAAAUCCAAACACCGGAAAAUGUGCACCGACUGUUCGAUCUAAUCAAAGUGGAGGAUGAACGGGUGUUGGUGGCAUUCUAUUAUGGUCUGCAAGACACUCUUGUUGCGCAGGAUUUGGAUCAGGCGACACGCAUCGCCUAUGGUAGAAUGCGUUAUCGUGUGGUAACAUUGAAGGGCGAAUUGAUUGAGCUGUCGGGCACUAUGAGUGGUGGUGGGCGCACGGUACUGCGAGGUCGAAUGGGUCAGAAAGUAAUGCGGAACGAACCAUCGAACGCUGAUGUUGAAAAGUUGCAAUCGCAGCUGGAUGUUGUGUUUGAAGAGUGCAAUAAGUUGAGAGCGAAACAGAAGCCGCUGGAAGAGCAGAUCCACGUGCUAUCGACUGCCUUGAGAGAUAUGAAGGUCGAUAGGCAGAAAUUUGGUAUCGAGGUACAGGCGUUAAGCGAGCAGGAACCAUCGUUGCGAGCGCAGCUGAAGACGCAAGAAACGACUGUUGCUAACUCGGUGUCAGAUCCAAUGAAGGUCGAGCAAUUGCGAAAAACGACGGAGAAGGCAAAAUUACAUCUGGAUGAAGUCGAAGAGAGUUCCGCUUCGGUAGAGAAGGAGGUAGAACGCAUUAAUAAAAAGAUAGACGAGAUUUCCGGUAGUCGGGUGCGGGAUCAGCAGGCGAAAAUUGCACAGUUAACUAAAUCGAUAGACAAAGCUAAAGCGGAGAUAUACCGUCUGCAGGUAGCUAUCAAAACUGCCGAGAGAAACGUUAAGAAGACGGAAAAGUACAUAGAAACGUUGGAAAACGAUGUGCAUACCUGUGAGGAAAGAUUGAGGAACAUUCAGAAGGAAAAAUCGGAGCUCGAGGAACAUGCUAAAGUAAUUCUAGAAGAAUUAAAGGAAAUCAAUGAAGCGCUAACGGAGCGAGACGAUUCUACAUCAUCUUUGAAAGAUGAGUUGAACAAACUUCAGACUUCCGAGGAUAAGUUAAAGGCGGUGAAGAUCGAUUUGGAUCAGAAAUUACAGGAGAGUAAGAAGCUGUUAAGGGGACUUAAGCAGAUAAUUCCUGAAUACAAUCAAAAGAUAGCAAAUUUAAAAUUACGUGAAAUUCUUCAUGAACCCGUGGAACCGCUUAAAGAUCUGAUGGAGGAAGAGGUUGACCAGUUGGAUGUGACCGUGGUGAUACAGAAUUUGCAAAAGGUUAAGAAGAGGCUACCCGAUCAGAUACCCAACAUGCAGAUUAUCGCAGACUAUCAGGAGAAGGACGCGUUGUACAUGAGUCGCGCCGCUGAUCUGGAGGCGACAACGUCGGCAUGCGAUAAAAUGCGUAAAAUUUACGAGAGCGCCCGACGACGCAGAAUUCAGGAAUUUUUGCACGGUUUCAGUCUGAUCAAUACCAAAUUGAAAGAGAUGUACCAGAUGAUCACGCUGGGCGGCGACGCGGACUUGGAGUUAGUGGACUCGUUGGAUCCGCUGAGCGAAGGUAUCGUGUUCAGCGUGCGUCCCCCCAAGAAGUCGUGGAAGAGCAUUGACAAACUCAGCGGCGGCGAGAAGACCCUAAGCUCGCUGGCGCUGAUCUUUGCCCUUCACCAUUACAAACCCACACCGGUGUACUUUAUGGAUGAGAUCGAUGCGGCACUUGACUUCAAGAACGUCUCCAUUGUCGGCAAUUACAUUAAGGAGCGCACGAAAAACGCACAGUUCAUCGUUAUCUCGCUGCGCUCAAACAUGUUCGAGCUGGCCGAUUCUCUAGUGGGUAUCUACAAAACUUUUAACUGUUCCAAAAGCUUAACUCUUCAACUGGCGCGUUAUUAUGAGAACAACGAUAUCGCGCCACCCACGCAGCUCACCUCCAAGACCUACGCAUCCCAGGCCUCGCAGAAAUCGCGGUUGCCCCUAUCGCAACGCACCCAGACGAACUCGCGCAAGGAAAAUACCGUACCCGCGAAGAACAACAGUGCGAAAGAAACGGCAUUGAAUCGGAAAGAAAUAUCGCCGGCGAGGAAUAGUAACGCGGAGAACACCGCGCCCACGAAAAACAAUAACGCGAAAGAAACGUUAUUAAACAAGGAAGAGACAUCACUCACAAAGAACAAUAACGCGAAGGAAACUUCGUCUGAGGAAACAAAUACAGAAAACAAUACUGCAAGGAAGACACCGAAGCGACUGAAAGUCGAUCGAUUAAGGCCUCCGGAACUGGCAGAAUGUCCGACGCCGCAGCAAACUCCAACUCGACGUUCCGCCAGAAUCGUAAGGAAAAGCGUGGAGAGCGAAGAGAACAGCGUUAACAAGGAACCGGCUAAAAAAAAGCAGAGGUCGAAGUGACUGGACAAUUCCAGAAUGGGCGGAUAACACGUACAAAACAAUUAUGCGAAGCUCUUAAUGUAAUUUUAUAAAUUAUAUAAAUUUUUGCCUCUCUCACAAUGCAAUAUGAUUGCAGUGAGAAAUAUAGAAUCUUAAAGAAUAAUAACCUCAGUACCUACCUUCGGCUGGUGUCCAUAUCACGCUACAAAUUCUUCUGCUAGCUUUUGUAGUGUUAAGGAGACGCCAGCUCUAGUCUAUCGAUUUUUAGACGCUUCUCAUUUGAUGUCUUCUUACUGUUUUUCGUGCUUGUUUUCUCAUUUAGAAAACUCUUCGUGUUAUUGUUCUCGGAUACUAGUAUAAAUACGUAUAAUAAAAUACUACUAAUAUUAGUAAUUUAUAAUAGGUAUUUAUAACAGUAUUCACAACAUCGACAAAAUACUAUUAUUAUAUUUCUGUACAGUAAAUUGGUUGUGCGACUUUGUUUCGCAUUCUCUUAGUCAUUUAAUAUUGGCUAAGAAUGAAAUAUUCUCCGAAAUUAUAUUUGGGGGGGGGGGAGAUGAAGGGGGGGGGAGGUAACAUACUAUGUAGAAAGUUAACGUAGUGAAAUUACAGAUAAAAAUAUAGAUAAUAUAGUUAUAAAAAUAUAGAUAGUAUAGAUAUAAUUUUAUGAUUUGCAAAUUUAAUGUAUACGCUAAUUUUGAGUUCUCUCAUUAUUAAAGAUUUUUGUGUAAAUGUGAAAUAUUGGGAAUACUGCUUGUGUAACGGAGUAAGACAGAAUCUGCUCCUUUUAUCUGUACUUUCUAGGUUUCCUUAUGUUUCAUUUUUUAUCUUUUCACCCUUAAUGCCUUGGAUAUCUAUAUGUAUUUCAUUUAAAAUACAGAUAGUAACUUAGUUCAGUUAAGAGGAGCGGAACUAUAAUUAGUGCAAAAUGCCGCAAUAUUUUUAUACGUUUUUGUACAUGUCGCCAGAGACUAUAUAUUAAAAUAUGAUUACUAUUUAAACAA